AUGAAUUGCCCAUGGCGGCGUCAGGUAGAGCGGUUCUCCCACCAAUACUUGCAGUUGCAGUCGGACCUGGACUUUCCCCAAGCUGAAUAUCUCCGCCUGGACGAGGUUCAAGAUGAGCUCCACACCAGCUUGUUCAGCAAAGACGGGUCGAAUGUGGGUCCCCCGGUGAGAUAUCGUCUGACGACGUUGAAAGAGCUCGUGUCACGUAUCGAAUCAUCAAUAGACGACUGGGAACAGUAUGCUGUAUCUGAUGAUAUCAUGUCCGCACUCUGUACAACAAUGGCAAUGCCCUUGCCCUCUGAAGCAGUAACAGCUCAAGCCAAGUGCUACGUAACAUACCAUCUCUCCCUUUUGGACCGCGGUGAUCAUGCCACGGGUGAACAUGCCACGGACAACAGAGCACGGCCUUGCACUACGUUGCCGACAAUCACGUUUCUGGAGAACCACAGUCUCGUCUCCGCUGGCGGCACGACGGGGCUUCGAACAUGGGAAGCUGCGCUACACAUGGGUCAGUACCUGUGUUUGAACCCGUCCCUGGUCGCUGGAAAACGCGUGCUUGAACUAGGAGCCGGCACAGGAUAUCUCUCCGUCUUGUGUGCGAAACACUUGGAAGCCGCUCAUGCCAUCGUGUCUGAUGGCUCCGACGACGUCAUCACCAAUAUGCCCGAAAACCUGCUCCUCAACGGUCUGCAAGGCUCGUCUCGUAUUACGUCCAUGCAUCUCGAAUGGGGCCAUGCAUUGGUUGCCGCCGAGGACAAGAUAUGGAACCGAAGCAUUCCAGUCGACGUAGUUCUCGGUGCGGACAUCACCUACGACCAAAGGGCUGCCCCAGCACUGGUUGCGACUCUGUUGCAACUCUUUGAACUAUAUCCAACGGUGAAGGUGUACAUGGCGGUAACGGAGCGGAACCCGAAGACAUUUCAAGCGUUCCUGGAUGCUAGCAAGAGAGAAAAAUUGUCGGUAGAGUCGCUUUCAUUUAAGGUGCCACCUCGGGAACAGCAAAAUGCCCCAUUUUACAAUGACCAGGCAGCUAUCCAAUUGUGUCGCGUUUCAAGGGCACAGAGGUAG